UGCUACUAUUAAGACAUGCCACUAAUAAGUUUCUACCUUCUCUUUUUUGUGUCAAAAAUUGUUUCAGCAACUGAUACCAUAACUCAGUCACAGUCUCUAACUGAAAACCAAACAUUGGUUUCCAAGAAUGAAAACUUCCAAUUCGGUUUCUUCACUCUUCCCCAAAACUCUAGCAACCGUUACCUUGGGAUUUGGUACAACAAGAUACCGGUUCAAACCGUUGUUUGGCUCGCAAACCGAGAAAGACCAGUCACAACAGAAAUACCCGCAGUCUUGAUGAUAAACAAAACACAGAAUAAUAAUGACACACUUAUCCUCCAUCAGAAUUACUCUGUUCUAUGGUCUAUAACUCCUUCUAGAAGAGCUCGAAAUAUGGUUCUUCAGCUAUUGGAUUCUGGAAACCUUGUUCUGAGAGAACAAAAUGAUGAAAAUGAAGAGAAUUAUCUAUGGCAGAGUUUUGAUUACCCUUGUGAUACACUCUUGCCAGGGAUGAAGCUUGGCAAGGAUUUAAGGACUGAAUUCGAUAGGCGAGUAACCGCGUGGAAGAACGAGUAUGAUCCUUCAAUUGGAAAUUUGUCUUGGGGAAUGGAUGUUACCAAUUGGCCUCAACAGAUGCAGAGAGUAGGAUCAAUGAAGCAGUACAACAGAGGUUCUUGGAAUGGAAUUGACUACACUGGUAGACCUACCAUAAGGCCUAGUCCGGUUUUCGAGUUCAAGUACUUCGCCGACGAGGAACAAGUCUACUUCAUGUUUAGCCUUGUGAAUAGCUCUGUCAAAGCUAGGAUGGUUCUGAACCAGAGCAGCUAUAAGCUCCUGCAUUUGGCGUGGGACGAGGCGGCACGAGAGUGGAAUGUUUAUGGCUUGUUACCAAGAGAUUUUUGUGAUGACUAUGGUGCUUGUGGUCCUAAUGGUAAUUGUGAUGUUAGCAAGUUACCAUAUGCUUGUGAUUGUUUGAGAGGGUUUAGGCCUAAGUCAUCAAGAGAUUGGAAGGCAAUGAACUACCAAGGAGGUUGCUUGCGCGACAAGCCACUGAAUUGCGAAAGCGAUGGAUUUAUUAAGUAUGGGAAGAUGAAAGUGCCUGAUACUGAGAAUUGUUGGUACUUGAAUCAGAGCAAGAACUUGGAGGAGUGCAGAGAUACAUGCUUGAGGAAUUGUUCUUGUAUGGCUUAUACGAAUUCGGAUAUUCGAGGAGAAGGCAAUGGUUGUGCUUUGUGGUUUGGUGAUCUUAAUGACUUGAGGGUUCAACCAAAUGCAGGGCAAGACCUAUAUGUUAGAGUGCCAGCUUCAGAAUUAGAUACAAACAACGGAGCCAAGAUGAAGAUAGGAAUUGCAGUUGGUGGCACUAUUACAAUAUUAUGUGGAUUAUUGUUAGCUCUUUAUUUCAUAUUCAUAAGAGGAAGGAGUGCAACAAUGAAAAAGAGUGCAUCAGUAGCAGAUCAUUUAAAGGAAGAACAGGAAGAGGAUUUGGAGCUUCCUUUGUUUGACCUAUCUAGUAUAGUUAGUGCUACUGACAACUUUUCAAUCAACAAUAAGCUUGGAGAAGGUGGUUUUGGACCAGUAUACAAGGGAACAUUGGAAAAUGGAGAAGAAAUUGCUGUCAAGAGACUUUCUAGAGGCUCCAAACAAGGUGUCAAGGAAUUUAAGACUGAAGUUGCGUUAAUAGCUAAACUUCAACACCGUAAUCUUGUAAAGCUUUAUGGAUCUUGCAUUCAAGACCAAGAGAAAUUGCUUAUAUACGAAUAUAUGCCUAACAAAAGCUUAGAUUUGUUCAUAUUUGAUCAAACCCAACGGAUGCUGAUGGAUUGGUCUAAGCGAUUUCACAUAAUUUGCGGAAUCGCUAAGGGUCUUCUUUAUCUUCAUCAAGAUUCAAGACUCAUAAUUAUUCAUAGAGAUCUUAAGACAAGCAACAUAUUGUUGGAUAGUGAGAUGAAUCCUAAGAUAUCGGACUUCGGCUUGGCUAGAAUUUUAGAGGUGGACCAAACCUCAAAAACUUCGCGCGUCGUUGGAACUUAUGGAUACAUGGCACCAGAAUAUGCAUUAGAUGGAAACUUUUCGGUAAAAUCAGAUGUCUAUAGUUUUGGUAUUCUAUUGUUGGAGAUAAUAUCUGGAAAGAAAAAUAAAGGAAACCAUCGCCAGAAAGACGGUACAAACCUUAUUGAAUAUGCAUGGAAUUUCUGGACAGAAGGGAGGCCCUUAGAAUUGAUUGAUGAAUAUAUGAUAGACUAUUGCAAUAUCUCUGAAGCAUUGCGAUGCAUCCAAAUUGGUCUUUUGUGUGUGCAACAAAAUCCACAUGAUAGACCAAACAUAUCAUUUGUGGUUAUGAUGUUAGGUAGUGAAAUUCAAUUGCCUCUUCCAAAAGAACCAGCUCUUUUUGUUGGAAAGUAUUCAUGUCAGGAAUAUUCUUCUUCAUGUAUAAAUGAUGCACCUUCUGUUAAUGAGUUAAGUAUCUCAGAUUUAGAAGCUCUAAAGACCAAUACUUACAGAAAAUUAAGCAUGCAUGAGGAAUCUCUAGAGGAAAAGCAACAUCACAAUAUUGUAAACAUGCAAAGAAUGAAAAACUUUCACCACUUUGUACCAAUUAUUUUCCACCUUUUUCUCUAUUUUCUUCUCUCCAAAACCAUAGCUGCAACAGAUACCUUAACUCAAUUCCAGUCUCUAAGUGAAAACCAAACAUUAGUCUCCAAGAAUGGAGACUUUGAACUUGGUUUCUUCACUCUUGAUAACUCCACCAACAUCAAUUAUUACCUUGGCAUUUGGUACAAGAACAUCCCAGUCAGAACCAUAGUAUGGGUUGCAAAUCGUGAAAAACCCGCCACAAAUCACAACUUUGUUGUGUUGCUGAUAAACAACACAGCAAAUAGCACAAUCCUCCUUACUCAGAAAAACAAGAACACUGUUCUAUGGUCUGUGAGCAUAUCAAGAAAACCCAAGAAUCCAAUUCUACAACUGUUGGAUUCAGGAAACCUUGUUCUGAGAGAUGAAAAUGAUGAGAAUGAAGAGAAGAACUAUCUAUGGCAAAGUUUUGAUUAUCCUGGUGAUACACUCUUGCCAGGAAUGAAGGUUGGGAAGGAUUUAAGAACUGGUUUCGAUUGGCGCGUAACUGCGUGGAAGAAUGAGAAUGAUCCUUCACCAGGAACCUUGAAUUGGGUUAUGGAUGUUACCAAGUGGCCUGAACCGAUGCAGAGGAUUGGAACAGUGAAGCAGUACAAUAGUGGUCCUUGGAAUGGAGUUCAAUACAGUGCCAAACCAACAAACAAGCCUAGCCCGGCUUUCGAGUUCAUCUACUUUGCUGAUGAAAACCAAGUUUACUACAUGUUCAAACUUGUUAACAACUCUGUGAAAGCUAGAAUGAUGUUGAACCAAACCACAAACAAGAUUAUGCAACUUGUGUGGACACAAGGUGUUUGGAAGAUGUAUGGUUCGAUGCCAAGGGAUUUUUGUGAUGAGUAUGGUGCUUGUGGUCCUAAUGGGAAAUGUGACAUGGCUGAGUCUCCAAAUGAUUGUGAAUGUUUGAGAGGGUAUAGGCCUAAGUCGCCAAAAGAAUGGAUCGGAUUGAAUUAUGAAGGAGGUUGCUUGCGCGACAAGCCACUGAAUUGCGAAAGCGAUGGGUUUAUCAAGUAUGUUAAGAUGAAGGUGCCUGAUACUGAGAAUUGUUGGUACUUAAAUCAGAGUAUGAACUCGGUUGAGUGCAGAGAUAAGUGCUUGAGGAAUUGUUCUUGUAUGGCAUAUGCGAAUUCGGAUAUUCGAGGAGAAGGCAAUGGUUGUGCUUUGUGGUUUGGUGAUCUUAAUGACUUGAGAGUUCAACCAAAUGCAGGGCAAGAUCUUUAUGUUAGAGUUCCUGCCUCAGAAUUAGAGACAAGAAACGGAAGCAAGGUCAAGAUAGAAAUUGCAGUUGGAAGCACAAUUUUUGUUGUAUUAUGUAGCUUGCUCUUAGUUCUCUACUUCACUUGCAUAAGAGGAAGAAGUUCCAAGGCCAAAGAGAAUGCAGCAAUAAUGGAUAGUUUCAUUGAAGAACAAGAGGGUCAUCUAGAGCUUCCAUUGUUUGAUCUAUCUAGUUUAGCUAAAGCUACUGGUAACUUUUCAAUCAAUAAUAAGGUUGGAGAAGGUGGUUUUGGACCUGUAUACAAGGGAUUAUUGAAAAAUGGGCAAGAGAUUGCUGUUAAAAGACUUUGUAGAGGUUCUGUACAAGGGCUCAAAGAAUUCAAAAAUGAAAUUGCGCUGAUUGUUAAACUUCAACAUCGUAAUCUUGUGAAGCUUCAUGGAUGUUGCAUUCACAAUGAAGAGAAAAUGCUUGUAUAUGAAUACUUGCCAAACAAAAGUUUGGAUCUCUUCAUAUUUGAUCAAACGCGAAGAAAGCUCUUGGAUUGGUCGAAGUGCUUCCAUAUGAUUUUUGGGAUUGCAAAGGGUCUCCUUUAUCUUCAUCGAGAUUCAAGACUUAGAAUCAUUCACAGAGAUCUUAAAGCAAGUAAUAUCUUACUUGACAGUGAAAUGAAUCCUAAAAUAUCGGAUUUUGGCAUGGCUAGAAUUUUGGGAGGAGACCAAAUUGCAGCAACGACGCGACGAGUGGUUGGAACAUAUGGAUAUAUGGCACCAGAAUACGCAAUAGAUGGAAACUUCUCAGUAAAAUCUGAUGUCUUUAGCUUUGGCGUUUUGUUACUGGAGAUACUAUCCGGAAAGAAAAACAAAGGAAAUCAUUGGGAAAAUGAAAGCACAGACCUUAUUGGUUAUGCAUGGGAUUUGUGGACAGAAGAAAGGCCUCUAGAAAUUGUUGAUGAUAUCCUAAAAGAGUCUUGUAACCUCUCUGAAGUAUUGAGAUGCAUUCAGAUUAGUCUUCUUUGUUUGGAGCAACAUCCAUAUGACAGACCAGACAUGUCAUCAGUGAUUAUGAUGUUUGGAAGUGAAAUUCCCUUGCCUAAGCCAAAGCAACCUGCUCUAUUUGUUGGAGAAUAUCCAUAUCAAUAUGAUUCUGCCAAUGAAUUAAGUAUCGAAGUCUUAGAAUCUAGAUGA